AUGUCCGCGGGGAGCGCGACACAUCCUGGAGCCGGCGGGCGCCGGAGCAAAUGGGACCAACCAGCUCCAGCCCCCCUUCUGUUUUUGCCACCGGCGACCCCAGGCGGGGAGGUUACCAGCAGUGGGGGAAGCCAGGGGGGCUCCACAGCUGCACCCUCGGGAGCCUUGGAUGCUGCUGCUGCUGUGGCUGCCAAGAUCAAUGCCAUGCUCAUGGCCAAAGGAAAGCUGAAACCAACUCAGAAUGCUGCUGAGAAGCUUCAGGCCCCUGGCAAAGGCCUAACUAGCAAUAAAAGCAAGGAUGACCUGGUGGUGGCUGAAGUAGAGAUCAAUGAUGUGCCUCUCACUUGUAGGAACUUGCUGACCCGAGGACAGACUCAAGAUGAGAUCAGCCGACUUAGUGGGGCUGCAGUGUCAACUCGAGGGAGGUUCAUGACAACUGAGGAGAAGGCCAAAGUAGGACCAGGGGAUCGUCCAUUGUAUCUUCAUGUUCAGGGCCAGACACGGGAAUUAGUGGACAGAGCCGUAAACCGAAUCAAAGAAAUUAUUACCAAUGGGGUAGUGAAAGCUGCCACAGGGACAAGUCCAACUUUUAACGGGGCAACAGUCACUGUCUAUCACCAGCCAGCACCCAUUGCACAGCUGUCUCCAGCUGUUAGCCAGAAGCCUCCCUUCCAGUCAGGGAUGCAUUAUGUUCAAGAUAAAUUAUUCGUGGGUCUUGAACAUGCUGUGCCCACUUUUAAUGUCAAAGAGAAAGUGGAAGGUCCAGGCUGCACCUAUUUGCAGCACAUUCAGAUUGAAACAGGUGCCAAAGUCUUCCUACGAGGGAAAGGCUCAGGCUGCAUUGAGCCAGCAUCUGGCCGAGAGGCUUUUGAACCUAUGUACAUUUACAUCAGUCAUCCCAAACCAGAAGGCCUAGCUGCUGCCAAGAAGCUCUGUGAGAAUCUCUUGCAAACAGUUCAUGCUGAAUACUCUAGAUUUGUGAAUCAGAUUAAUACUGCGGUACCUUUACCAGGCUAUACACAACCCUCUGCUAUAAGUAGUGUCCCUCCUCAGCCACCAUAUUAUCCAUCCAAUGGCUAUCAGUCUGGUUACCCUGUUGUUCCCCCUCCUCAGCAGCCAGUCCAGCCUCCUUACGGAGUGCCAAGUAUAGUGCCACCAGCUGUCUCUCUGGCACCUGGAGUCUUGCCAGCACUGCCCACUGGAGUUCCACCUGUGCCAACACAAUACCCGAUAACACAAGUGCAGCCUCCAGCUAGCACUGGACAGAGUCCGAUGAGUGGGCCUUUUAUUCCUGCUGCUCCUGUCAAAACUGCCUUGCCUGCUGGCCCCCAGCCCCCACCCCAGCCCCAGCCCCCACUCCCAAGUCAGCCCCAGGCACAGAAGAGGCGAUUCACAGAGGAGCUGCCAGAUGAACGAGAAUCUGGACUUCUUGGAUACCAGCAUGGACCCAUUCAUAUGACUAAUUUAGGUACAGGCUUCUCCAGUCAGAAUGAGAUUGAAGGUGCAGGAUCGAAGCCGGCAAGUUCCUCAGGCAAAGAGCGAGAGAGGGACAGGCAGUUGAUGCCUCCACCAGCCUUUCCAGUGACUGGAAUAAAAACAGAGUCUGACGAAAGGAACGGGUCUGGGACUUUAACAGGGAGUCAUGAUUAUCCAGUCAAGAAAAUGAAAACUACAGAGAAGGGGUUUGGCUUGGUGGCUUAUGCUGCAGAUUCAUCUGACGAAGAGGAGGAACACGGAGGUCAUAAAAAUGCAAGUAGUUUUCCACAGGGCUGGAGUUUGGGAUAUCAGUAUCCUUCAUCACAACCACGAGCUAAACAACAGAUGCCAUUCUGGAUGGCUCCAUAG